AUAUGGUGGCUUCAGCGUUGGUGAGAAAACCAGAUUGGGGCAGCUGAAUACAACAUGGAUCUCAGCUGUAAUCUCCGGCAUUGUUAAUUCUACAGGCGGCAACAUGUCUGUUUCAGUGGCAGCUCAACGAUUGUGGCAAAAUGUGAAAGCUGCAGCGAGAUUUGUCAUAGCUGACUACAAUGUGAAGGUGUGGUUCAACAACAAGGGCUGGGCAGCCAGUGUCUCUUAUAUGAAUGCUUUAAACAAUGUCAUCCUACGGUCACUGCUCCCUCCUGGCGAGGACCCCCUCAACUAUGGCAUCGUCACCUUUAAUCACCCCAUGAACCUCACCAAGGAACAACUUAGCGAGGAAACUUUCAACAAAGGUGCAGUGGACGUUGUGGUGGCAAUCUGUGUCAUCUUUGCCAUGUCGUUUGUGCCAGCAAGUUUUGUCCUGUUCCUGAUAGAAGAACGUGUGUCCAACAGCAAACAUUUGCAGUUCGUCUCCGGCAUCAAGCCUAUUAUCUACUGGCUGGCAAACUGGGCCUGGGAUAUGGCAAAUUAUGCUGUGCCAGCUAUGCUGUGUAUAUUUAUCUUUCUGGCAUUUGGCAAGGAGUCAUACGUGUCUGCCAAGAACUUUCCCUGUUUGUUUGCACUUUUGUUUUUAUAUGGCUGGGCAAUCACACCAAUGAUGUACCCAUUCUCACGACUGUUUGAUGUGCCAAGUUCAGCAUUUGUUUUCCUCUCGUGUGUCAAUGUAUUCUUGGGCACGGUGUCCACUCUGGCAACUUUUAUCCUCGAGGUGUUGUCUCAAGAUGACCCGGAUCUGAAAGAUAUAAAUAGCAUUCUGAAACAAGUGUUCCUACUGCUUCCUCACUACUGCCUGGGGCGAGGCCUUAUUGACAUGGCUGCACUGCAGCUGCGUGCUGAUGUUACAGCCAGACUAGGAGAUGAAUACACAUACAACUUGUUUGAUUGGGAUGUUGUUGGCAGAAACCUGUUUUCCAUGAUCAUGCUGGGCCUUCUGUUCAACAUUCUCAACUUAUUGAUUGAGUACAAAUUCUUCUUAUCCUGGUCCUUUCUGUCCAAGAACCCAACAUUGAAGAUUAAGAAUGAGGAUAUUGACGUUGUCAGGGAAAAAGAGAGAGUUCUGUCAGGUGCUGCUAAAGAUAACAUUCUGAGACUAGAAGGACUUUCUAAGGUGUACUGGACUCCGGGCAGGAAAAGUAAGAUGACCGCUGUUGACCAUCUCUAUGUUGGGGUUCCGAAGGGUCAGUGUUUCGGCUUGUUGGGUGUCAAUGGAGCUGGCAAGACUACAACAUUCAAAAUGUUGACAGGGGAUGAACAAGUGACUCAGGGCGAUGCCUUCGUCAAUCAGUACAGCAUUCGUAAAAACAUGGUCCAAGUACGACAGUUUAUGGGAUACUGCCCUCAGUUUGAUGCCCUUGACCCACUGUUGACAGGAAGAGAACACUUGGAGUUUUACGCAAGAGUACGAGGAAUUUCAAGCCAUGACACCAAAUCUGUGGCAGACUGGGUCAUCCAAAGGCUGGGUCUAGCACAGCAUGGUGACAAGAUCUCUAGCAGUUACAGCGGGGGAAACAAGAGAAAGCUCUCCACCGCCAUAGCCCUCAUUGGGAACCCACCCAUCAUUUUCCUGGAUGAGCCAACCACAGGUAUGGAUCCCGGGGCCAGGAGGUUCUUGUGGAACUGCAUCAACAGCAUAGUGAAGGCCGGCCAUUCUGUGAUUCUGACAUCUCACAGCAUGGAGGAGUGUGAGGCGUUGUGUAACCGUCUGGCCAUCAUGGUCAACGGAGCAUUCCAGUGUCUGGGCAGUAUUCAGCAUUUGAAGACCAGAUUUGGCAGUGGUUAUACCAUCAUACUGCGAGUCAGUGGUGAAAAUCCAGACAUGACCCCCAUCAUGAAUUUCAUCAGCUCCUCAUUCCCAUCAGCGAGGCUCAGGGAGAGGCAUCACAACAUGUUGCAGUACCAGCUGGGCAGUGAUUACAAGGCCCUCAGUAAAAUCUUCCAGACGGUGGAAGAAGCUAAGAGGGUGUACAAGGUGGAGGAUUACAGCGUGUCACAGACCACUCUAGAUCAGGUGUUCAUCAGCUUUGCCAAGAAACAGACAGAUCUGCUAGAUGAUGAGUUUGAUGAAAAU